GUAAAGUUUGUCAACACUGUUUGACGCGUGUUGAAUGAUAGGCGCCAGGUUUUAAUGGUUUGGGACGUAGGGUUACGUUGAUCAAAUGGAACAGCAUACAAUGUAAGUGAUGCGCUUCUCUCAAGUAAAGCACCAAACAAUACGGAUCUUUGUGCAUUCAUCCGGCUGGAGCUGUGAAAUGCGUCGUGAGAAGUAAGAGAAAGAACUUCAAAAAAUUAUGUUUACAAUAAACAUUGCUCAGGUGGUCGUCAGAACAUUUUGUGGUUCCAGCAAGUAAUCACGUUAUUGGACAUGUCUUCAUCAACUCCUGCACAAAAACGGCCUUACGAUAGUGGGAGUGCCAGUUCAAGCCCAGUGCCACAAAAGAAGUCACGGACAUGUACUUUUGGUGAAAGUUGCUACAGAAGAAAUCCAAAUCAUUUCUCAGAGUAUGAGCACCCUCACUUGGAUAAGCUACUAGAGCAACAAGAAGAUGCAGAACCUAAACUGCCUCCCGAUUAUAAGCCAAAGACUACACCAUCCAUUGUUUUGGCACAGUUGAUGAUACUGCAGGACCUUAAUGCCAAAAAUGGAAUAAAAGGAAAAGGGAAUGUGCCUAAAAAUAAACCUGCAGUGCAGGAAGCUGCCAGUUCCAGCACAUUUAUGAGGGAUGUCUACAAGCAGUCUCAAGCUCCUAAGAAACAAGCUCAUACAACAGUAAAUAGCCCAAGUACAUCCAUUGGAUCUAGAAGUUCCAGUUCAGAUUCCAGAGAAUCUAAGAGGAAUGUCCAACAGAAGACAUCCAUAGAAAAAUUGAAAGAACGUGUUUCGGAAGCAUCCUCUUCGAGUAAUUAUUCAAAUAACCAAGCAACACAUGAUAAAGGUGCUGAGAGACUGAGUAAGGAAUCCCGCUUGGAGAUGAAAAGAAAGAUCAGGGAACAGUGGGACAACAUCUCGUCAGUGGUACCUGUCAGUGACAAUGUACUGGAGAAGCUAGCAGCUGGUGCACCGUACAAUUUUUUCCUUACAACGGUGCUUGAUUCUAGGCCAACUCAUUCGGAGAUGACAUCGAUUACAUUUGCCGAUUUACUACAUCCUUCGCUUGGUGAAUUGAAAGCAUCAUUGCAAGUGAAUUUUAUGGUUGAACUGGAAUGGCUGUUGGAGCAGUACGACUCCCAUGGCUACAAGAAAAAACCGUUACUCAUUCUUUAUGAAGAAGAUGGUGAUGAUUUCAAAAAGUGCAAGAACAUCCCAGAUAAUGUGAAGGGUUAUCGAGUAAAGCCAGGACAUGCAUUUGGACAUCAUCACACGAAAAUGUCCAUCUUCUGUUAUGAUGAUGACAGUGUGAGAGUUGUUAUCAGUACAGCUAACCUCAUUGCAUCUGACUUCGAGAACAGAACUCAAGGGUUAUGGGUAAGCCCAAGAUGUCCAAGGAUCCCACUGAAUGCAGACACUAAAGCGGGUGACUCAAUAACAGAAUUCCGUGCUGACUUGAUGCGAUAUCUAUCCGCCUACCAGAUGCCAGUUCUGCAGGAAUGGAUUACAAGAAUACGUUGUGCCGAUUUCUCCAAAGUCAGAGUUUGUCUUGUGGGUUCCGUGCCAGGGACACAUCGUGGAGCAGACGUAGAUAGAUGGGGUCACCGUCGAAUGGCAGCCCACCUUAAGCGCUUUGCUGAGGUUCCAAGUACAUCGUGGCCUCUAUUCUUCCAGUGUUCCUCUAUUGGCAGCUUAGGCGCAACUCCAGAUUCUUGGAUGUGUGGAGAAUUUCGAGCUAGUCUUGCUCAGUCCGUCAACAAGCAGCCCCUCUCACAGCAGCCACCAGUGAAAGUGAUCUAUCCCUGUUUUCGUAAUGUGGCCCAAAGUAUACAUGGUCUUUUGGGUGGUGACUGUCUACCAUAUUCCAUAAGAACUCAUGGGAAGCAGGCUUGGUUUACAGGAUACCUGCAUGAAUGGAAGAGUGACAGCCGCUACCGUUCAGAGGCUAUGCCACAUAUCAAGACAUAUGGCCGAGCAUCACCAGACUGGACCAGCCUAGCCUGGUUUCAUUUGAGCAGUGCCAACUUGUCAAAAGCAGCUUGGGGCAUGGCUAGCAAAGGAAAGACAUCUGGUUCUGGGCACUACAUUAUGUCCUAUGAACUGGGUGUACUGUUCCUGCCACAGUUACUGAUUGGGAAGUCAGAGUUUCGUGUUGGUAAUACACUGGGGAAUAGUUCAGCACCUUCAUUUCCUCUACCAUUCGAUGUUCCACCUACACCAUAUGGCGAAAGAGAUAAACCAUGGGUUACUGAAUAUAUGACUGUUAAAUUUUAAUAUGUAAUAUUUUGUGUCAAGCACCAAUGUAUUGUCACAUUUUGUAUUAGUGCCUUUAUAUGAAGCACAGUUGCAAAGAACAUUAAAACAUUAAUUUCCUAAAAUAAAUGUCCAAUACAUAAUUUUCAAGAACACUAAUAAAGAUCUUGGGUUAAUAUGUUAGGCAUGUUUUACAUUAGUAUUCUUAUUGUAGAUUAAGGGGUAACUUUUAUAAAAUUUAAUGUUUUUGCAUUAUGGUGUUCUGUGAUCCUAAAAAACUUCUAACAGCUACAGAAUUUAAGAGUGCUACACAUGAAUGGGAGUAGUCUGAUUCCUGUCUUGAGGUCAGAUGGCACUUAUACAAGAUAACUGCAUAUAGUAAUGAGUGAGUGUCAUCCUUUUUCUAGCCAUAACAAUUAGUGUAUUUCAUAGAAUUGCACAUAAUCUUAACUCGACAACAUCAAACUGUUCAUUGUCUUUGCAGUCAUCUUUGCUCUGGCUUGGAACCACCAGUGCAUAUCUCACCAACAUCGUAGUAAACUAACUGAAUAACAUGGAUUUUAUCUCCUGCUUAACCCAUAGGUAUAUUAUUGCAUUUUAUGCACUACUGGUGUUCUGUACAGUUUCAGUAUGUUACAGUCCCCCUUAAAGACCACUAAACAGUUGUAAUUUGAGGACAGGAAACUGAACAAUGUAUUGCUGCCUUACUUUGUGCCACUGUGCAAAUGCAACUAGGAAAUCAGUUCAUUUUAGAUAGAUGUUUGAAUUUUUAUUUUGUGUUGAUUUGGUGCAUCCAAAUUAAAUGGCAGAAGUUAUCCACAGUAACAUUCCAGAAUUUAAAUUCAUGGAACAGAGAUUUGAGAGGCACACUGACUCAAAGAGGCCACAAGACAAGUGAUUGAACAGGCUGCUGCUGAUGAUGAACAUAAGUUUAUUGUCAUAUCUGCAUGCCAAGAAGAACCUAACCAACCACAGGAUAAGGAUACUGCGAAAGGUACCCUUAUAACUUAAAAAGCAAAUGGCAGAGCAUUUACGUAGAGCGAAACUUGAGUAACCAGUGUAUUUAGUACCCAUUAGGUUGCUGAAGAACAUCAUAUGUAACUCAUUAUUGUAUAGCUCUUAUGUCCUGUGCAAGAAAAUUUAAGGUAAUCAGAGAUAUAACUUUGUUUCAUCACUGCUUCAUUUUAAUAA